AACAUUUUAUGACAGCUACUGAGGGCUGCACAACGGCAUCGACGCAACGCUUUAAAAUAUCUGCUUUGCAGCACUAAAAUAAUGGCAGCGGUAAAUUUACGUAAAGGUUUUUUACUUGUGCCACAAAAUCUUGUGCCCAACCUGCAGAGAAGUUAUGCUUCAUCGAAGCAGACAAAAGGCAAAACAUUAGCGGCUGUUGGUAAAUCUCUUGCUGCGAAAGGUUUCCUUCGUCCAAAUAAACCAUACUCACCUACUACUGAUGCAGCGAGCCGUGUUCGUGCCUUGGCUGCCAAAUUGCAGAUGGCCAAUGGCGGAGACCAGCGACAAUUAUCUAACUUAGAGGAAAAGUUCAAGUUUCUAUCGGCAUGCUUCCAGGAACUUCAGCAUGGUGUGCCCAAUUCGCAGGUACACGAGAUGUCCACAGUGGCCGAUGUUAUCGCAUUUUACGAGAAGGUGGUAGACACUACUGUGCCGCUGGAUGCGCUGAAACGCAUCGAUUUGCCAGAGAAUUUGCACAUACAAUAUGAAUACUUGCGUUUCCACCCGGACACAGAUACAAAGUUCAAUGGACAAACUGCUUUUCCAAAGAGCUCCACUUUGGUUACAGGACUCAAGUAUCGACACAAAUAUGAGGGACAUGAGGCAAAGCGGUCAUGGCCUUAGUUUAAUUUGUUAAUU